GAAGUCUUCGAAACCAUGCCGUUCUUCACCCAAGAGCAAACGGCCGAAGAGCAAGGUGCCUUGGCCGCCAGUCUUGACAACGUCCGAAAUCUCUCCAAUAUCCUGAAAGCCAUUCAUUUUAAAGAUCAUGCCGCCUGUUUUGCAACUACAAACGGGCUCAAGGUGACCGUGGAAAAUUCAAAGUGUCUUCAGGCGAAUGCUUUUAUUCAGGCAGGAAUUUUCCAAGAAUUUGUGGUGCAGGAGGAAUCUGUGACAUUCGGAAUAAAUCUGUCUGUUCUUUUGGACUGCCUGACUAUUUUCGGCACAAGCUCCUUGCCAGGAACUCAAACGGCCCUUCGGAUGUGCUACCGGGGGUACGGUUAUCCCUUGACGCUCUUCCUGGAAGAAGGGGGUGUGGUAACAGUCUGUAAAAUCAACACUCAAGAGCCAGAAGAGAUACUCGAUUUUGAUUUCUGCAGCACCAACGUCGUGAACAAAAUCAUCCUGAAAUCGGAGGGGCUGCGGGAGGCAUUUUCUGAACUAGAUAUGACCAGCGAGGCACUACAAAUCACAAUGUCUCCAGACAAGCCUUAUUUCAGAUUGUCUACUUUUGGGAAUGCGGGAAGUGCUCAUCUUGACUACCCCAAAGACUCAGAUCUAAUUGAAGCUUUUAACUGCAACCAGACCCAGACAAACAGAUACAAGAUCUCCUUACUCAAGCCGUCUAUCAAAGCCCUCGCUCUGUCUUGCAAAGUCUCUAUUCGGACAGACAACAGAGGCUUCCUGUCGUUGCAGUACAUGAUCCGGAAUGAAGACGGGCAGAUUUGCUUCGUGGAGUAUUACUGUUGCCCAGAUGAGGACAUUACUGAGGCAGAGAUGUAG